UUUAUCAAACCGAAAACCGUCUUGUAAAAUAUACAUGUCACGGUGGUACCUAAAAAUUUAAUUUUUUUUUGUGUUGUGUUGAAAUUUAUUUCUCGUAAAUUUUAAUACAAUACUUCGACAAUAAAAUUCAAUCGUCAGCAUAAUGCGAUGAGAACGGACUCGGGCCUUGUUCUUGGAAUGUUAUGUGUGCACAUAUUAUUAUUAUAACUAUUUAGAAUAAAAAUGUAAAUCGCAAAUGGAUAUAUGUGCAUGUACUCUAAUAUAAUUUCAAAUUUCUACGGGCAUUUAUAAUUAAAUAUAACCUUAAAAGGUGAAAAUCAUUAUAUAUAUGAAAUAUAAUCGACAAUCUUUGAAUUUAAUGUUGCAAAUGUUGCGAAUGCGUUAACGAACAUUGCGGCAACGCUCCGAAUGCGUUGGACGUUGCGGCAAUGUUCCCAAACAAAAAUUGUAGAAGUUAGUAAAUGGGAAUGUUGCGAAUGUGUUAGUGAACAUUGCGGUAGCGUUCUAAGCGCAUUAAACAUUGCGGCAAUGUUCUCCACUUAAAAUUGAAGGAAGUAGCGAAUGGUAAUGUUGCGAAUGUUGCGAGUGCGUUAACGAACAUUGCGGCAGCACCCUGAAUGCAUUGGACGCUGCGGCAAUGUUCAUAAUUUAAAAUUUAACGGAAUUAUUGAUUGCAAAUGAUAACAAUGGAUACCUUGUUUUGUAAGCCACGAUAUUAUCACUUGCGGGUCUAAAAUGAGUAUGGAUAAGUACAGGAGCCACAUUAGAAAUUGGACUUCUCGCGAAAAAAAAGGGAUAUAAUAAUAAUAAUUCAAAUAAAUCUACGCGAUGAGCUUUUCCUUGAACGUAAUUCUUCAGCUUCCAUCCUUUCUUACUCUACCCCCCCAUUCUUUUUUUUUAACGUAUCCUGGGCCUAACAAUCCUACAUGCUCAUGACAAUACAACAUCAAAGUUGUAAUUGUUGCAAAAAAAAAAGGAAGGGUAAAAAUACCAAAAAUCAAAUCAUUUUCCAACAAGGAAAAUUCAUAAAAUAAAUCCAAAAGACAACAAGUCUUUUCAAUAAUAAUUAUGCUUGAUUUUAUCAAGUGCAUAUUAUUAUAUUUGGCUAUACCAUUAAAAGAAAAUAAAAACUCAGCAUUAUUGGCAUGGUAACAGGCCCAGAGCUCACGCCUUGUUCACGUGUUAAAAACCCUUAGUCCACAAAAUUUUCCCACCUGAAGUCUCUAAACGUUCAUAUAAAAGUGCAUCGCGGAAGUCAAUUAAUCGCAGUACAACUCUCAUUCGCGAGUCAGCUCUGAAAUUUUUCAGAGGCAUAAAAACGAUUUUUGAGACGCCGGGACUAAGCCCGUCCGUGAGUCGGUUUUUCAAUUUUUGCAAUCCACUACAUAGAUAGUGAUUAAAAUUGAACGGACGAAAAUUUAAAGUGAAUACUUCACGCCGACGAAGUCCAACGGAAGUCGCGUUUAAUAAAAAUCCAAUAAUUUGAAUAAAAUUAAAUUAUUGAAUUUUUGUCUUUUGACCGGCCAGUCCGCACGUGUGGUGCCUGCGCUGUUUAAAUUCGAUGGACCCGUGAGUGCAUUUUCGUGCGCUACCCAUUGACAUUUUCGCGCUUUCAUAAGUGUGCAUAUUUUUCCGCCCGUCGGAUAGCAGCUCGACGCCUCGCCCUCGUUAGCUUGCGACGGUAGAAUAAGCAGUAUCAAAAAAAACAAAGAUGUACUUGGCACAAUACUUAAUCGUUUUGCACCUCUCUAACUCAAUUAUCGUGAAGGCGCAGAUCAAUCCAGUACCAAUAGGACCAAUUGAAGGCCCCGGAUACCAGAUUACCUCACUUGACAUAAGUAGUGGGAUAUAUUACGAAUAUUCGGGAGAAGUAAGAAGGUCAGUUAGUAAUUGGAGGAUCAGCAUCUUCCUGGACAUCGGCAAACAAGUGAGGCAUUUCGAAGAUUUAAAUUAUAAACUGAACGACGUGAAGCAGCAAUGCUUUCCAAAGGAAGAAUGGUGCGGAGUCCGAAUCAAAUCAUUUCCCUGGGAGGACCGAUGGGAGAUAGCUGCAGACCUACAACGAGAACUUCAGCGGCAAAUAGAAGAACUGGAAAGAACACGCCAGAAUCUUCCCAUAUUGGUAUCAUCACAAUUUCGAGCUCGGCGCAGUGUUCCCCUUUUUGGAUUCCUUGGAAAGAUUGCAGGACCCAUCGCUGGUGUGCUAAACUACGAAGAUGGUGAACAUUACGAAGCAGUUAUGCAAGAAUUAAAUGAGGCACAAGCAAACUUAUCACACCUUGUUGGAAAGCAGACACAUGUGGUUAGGUCUCAAUUAGAAAGUCUGCAUAGUCAGGUGCAACAUCACGACGAAGUCUUGCAGGAACUACACCAAUCUUUCGACACCCUGAAUAAGGAACUAAAUGGACAAUUCCAACAUUCUGAAUUCCAAGAAUACUCCAAACUCCUGGACAAGACACUGGCCGCCAUAAAAUUAGGACUUGAUCACAGCAUCCGAGCGACGACAACAAUGUUAGACGCAGUUCACGAUGCUAGAAGAGGACAAUUACAUCCUGGAAUUUUAUCUUCAGAACAACUGGGACCUAUCCUCGACGACAUUAGAAAUAACGCCACUGAUGUUAUUUUCCCCAUACCUGGACCCAAGGUCAGCGUUGACGAAUUAAUGCAAGUAGCCACAACCAGUAUUCUAUGCGAGGACCACAAAAUCAAAAUUUUGAUAGACAUUCCUCUCUUGGAACAAGACAAAUAUGCGGCCUUCAAACUACAUCCACUGCCGACCCUUCAAGGUGAACUUGGAAACGCAUCCACUAGGGCAUACGUGAACCCUGCAUACAACUACUUAAUCGUCGAUAAGGAGCAAAGAACCUAUCUUCUGCUUAAAGACAAGGAUUGGGAAAAUUGUAGGACAACGACAUCGUUCCAUGCAUGUCUGAAGGGAUCUCCCAUUUACGACCUUCAGAACAGACCAAUCUGUGAGGUAUCACUCUUGACCAACCCCACGGACAAAGUACUACGAACCUGUGAUAUCAGAAUUACUUCAAGUCUAGAAUCUUUUUGGAAACCUCUUCGGACUUUAGCAGCCUGGCUUUAUUCAGUGGCCAAGCCGGAAGUAUUACUGAUAAUCUGCCACUCUGCUUAUCCGAUCAAAAUAAAUAUCACUGGUACUGGGAUAAUAAGGUUGGCCCCAGGAUGUUCAGCAAAGACAAAAGAUAUAAUUAUCCCAGCAACAGCAACUCAGGUAGGCCAAACGGAGAUCUUAUAUGAACCCGAGUUACACCUGGACUUAAAACGGAUUUCAAGUGUAUUUUCUACCUAUUCCCAUUUAACAACUACGAUGGAAAUUCAAGAGAAUGUUCGAACAAAAUUGAAGACCCCCAAUUUCGAUACCAACUCCAAAACUCUGGAACAACUGGAACAGGAAUUGGAGAAUUUUGCGAUGCAGCGAAAAUGGAGAACCCAUCACUCUAUCCUUAUUUAUGGGUCCUAUAGUGGUUUGGUAAUUUUUGGCAUUAUCAGUCUCCUCCUUCUAUGUCGACACUCAAUCAGUAGAAAAAUCAGGACUAUCACUGGCAAAAGUGAUUUCAAAAGGAACAAGGCUGAUCCCGUUCCGGAGACAGGGUAUAAGUUGAGGAAUCAAGACGAGCACCUAGAUAUGCAGAGACCUGGAAAAAUCUCUUCAACAUCGACGAAUCUAGAUCAAGACGUGGAACUCCAACCAUCGACCGCUGAGGCACCUAAGAAUCUCGUACCUACAACCCAAUCUUGACAACUAAAUUCCGAAGGUUUCGGAAUUUCUACAACGAAAUCAACAGCAUCAACCAAUGUCAGUUUAACAACCAAAAACUGUUUAAAAAGGGUAAUCGUAUUACCCAUACAAAAACUUCAACCAGUUUAGUUGAAAAACAAAAGAGUGUGCUAUGUACACAUUGCACCUUUAUAUAUGACUAAAGUUUUUUUUGUUGUUUGGUUAAUUUUGUUUAGUUUUGCCUUGUUUUAAAUUUUAUACAUGAAAACCCACGAUCGAUUUCUCUUAUCAAUUUCAGCACCGUCGGGACAGGUCCUAGCACAUUCUCAUGUAGAAGAACAGAGAACUCUUGUAGAGGGAGGCUUACGUGGUCUGACCGCCGAACUGCCACUUGGGCCGCCCUCAAUAUUUUGCCAGACAUCCUUUCCUACCACGUCGUCAAAGGACUGGGUGCAAAUGUGCUCUAACGAGACAUCAUCACCUGUCUAAUGAUUUGUGGGAGUUUUGGGUCAGUGCUUGGUUGAUGGAGAGAUCGGUCGUGGAAAAUCAUGUAAAUUGAUAGUGUUAGCGGGUAAAUUCCACCCGAUAUUAUUAUAAUUUUAUCGACAUUGAUUUGCGAAGAAUGGGGAGAAUAAGAUAAUGUAACCUACCUUGUAUCGAAGCGCUGAAGCAUUGAAGGUCCCCUCCUUUCUAUAUAUAUAAAACUUUUUUUAAAAAAAAAAAAAAAAAAAAAAAAAAAAAAAAAAAAAAAAAAAAAAAAAAAGCUAAAUUAAUUAAUCCUUAACUAAAUUAUUUUAUAAAAAGGAGGCUCGUGCUGUUGGUGGCCCUGGAAUUAAAGAGGUGGGGAGGGGGUAGAAAACUCGAUUUUUUUUUUUAAUAAAUUUAUAUAUAUAUAUAUAUAAAAAAAAAAAAAAAAAAAAAUAAUAAUAAUAAAAUAAAAGAAAAAAAAAAAAAGGAAAGAAAAUUUUUAGAAUGUUAUGUAUAUACAUAUGUAUUAUUGAAGCGCGCGAGAGGAGAGGGGAGGUCCUUCAUCCUAAACAGGAGCGGCAGCCAAUGAGUUGACCGGAUCCAAAAGGAACCCUUCUGGACCGAUCGUCUCCCAAACGCGACUCACGGGAACGUUGAUCUUCUGCAAAAAAAAAAAAAAAGAAGGGGGAAUGGCUUUACCCUUAGCCUUAUCUUUUCUUUACCUAAUUUUGGUAUUUUUUUUUUUUGUUGUUUGUUCUCUUUUUCUUUUUUUUUGUUGUUUAGCAUAAGUGUAAACUCACCACUUGCCAUCUCGCUCGGGUCCUGGAUCGCCGCCCCCGCGUCCAAUAAUGACAUUGCAGGAAUGUCAAUUGGAAAGCCUUAGACAGGGGUUGGUAUCCAACAUCCGGUGGCACUGGCGGCAUGGCAGAUAAAGGGCUAGAAGGGGAGACAAGGUUAUUUUCUCUUUCCCAUUUAAAAAAAAAAAAAAAAAAAAAAAAAAAAAAAAUU